GCAGCGCUGCCUCUCAGGGAGGGAGGCGAUCUCGGCGGAGUGGCAGGCGGAGGGUGUGCGGUGGAAGGAGCGGCGCCGCGGUGGUCGGUCGCUGGCGAUCACAUGAGCCAGCCCGUUAUGGGUCUGCUGCUGCCGAGCUAAGUUUAGACCCAGGCGCAAUGUGGCGGGGGGGACCGAGUAAAAGUAGAAGGAAUACGAUCGGAGAGAAAUAGUACGGAAACCCCUAAUAAACCCGUUGUUAUCGUGGCCCCUUGGCCCGGUCGCCGUUACAAUGUGAGGAGUAUUUUUGUACCGGAGACGAUUCUUUUCUCCACAUCUUCUCUCACUUUUCGCCUGGAAGUUUCUCGCCCUCGUUUACCUCCCGCCCCAAGUCUCGCGAGAGGCUGCGAGGGAUUCGGUAAAGUUUAAUAUGGCGUCUAAUCUGUUAAAGCUGCACAAGAUUAGAGGAAAAAAAUUACAGAGAGGAAUAAAGGUUCCCUCCAGUUUGAGGACAAAUGGGAUCUCAUGCGCCCCAUUGUCCUAAAGCUGUUACGGCAGGAAUCUGUGACAAAGCAACAGUGGUUUGACUUAUUUUCAGACGUUCACGCUGUCUGUUUGUGGGAUGAUAAAGGUCCAGCAAAAAUUCAUCAGGCACUCAAGGAAGAUAUUUUAGAUUUUAUCAAACAAGCUCAAGCUAGGGUGCUGAGUCAUCAAGAUGACACUGCUUUAUUGAAAGCCUACAUUGCAGAAUGGCGGAAAUUCUUCACGCAAUGUGACAUUUUGCCCAAGCCUUUCUGUCAGUUAGAAAUUACAUUAAUGGGCAAACAGGGCAGUAAUAAGAAAUCCAAUGUAGAGGACAGUAUUGUGAGAAAGCUUAUGCUAGACACCUGGAAUGAGUCGAUCUUUUCAAACAUUAAGAAUCGUCUUCAAGACAGUGCAAUGAAGCUAGUUCAUGCUGAAAGACUAGGAGAAGCCUUUGACUCGCAGCUGGUCAUUGGGGUCAGAGAAAGUUAUGUUAACUUGUGUUCAAAUCCAGAAGACAAGCUUCAAAUUUAUCGUGAUAAUUUUGAAAAGGCAUAUUUAGAUUCAACAGAGAGAUUCUACAGGACACAGGCCCCAUCUUAUUUACAACAGAAUGGUGUCCAAAAUUACAUGAAAUAUGCAGAUGCUAAAUUAAAAGAGGAGGAAAAGAGGGCACUUCGAUAUUUAGAAACCAGACGAGAAUGCAACUCUGUUCAGGCUCUCAUGGAGUGCUGUGUGAAUGCUCUGGUGACUUCAUUUAAAGAGACAAUUCUAGCUGAAUGCCCAGGCAUGAUCAAACGUAAUGAAACAGACAAACUACACUUGAUGUUUACAUUGAUGGAUAAAGUUCCAAAUGGGAUUGAACCAAUGUUAAAAGAUUUGGAAGAACACAUUAUUAGUGCUGGAUUAGCAGAUAUGGUAGCUGCUGCAGAAACAAUAACUACUGAUUCUGAAAAAUAUGUAGAGCAGUUGCUUACAUUGUUUAAUCGAUUUAGUAAGUUGGUAAAAGAGGCAUUUCAGGAUGAUCCUCGCUUUCUUACAGCUAGAGAUAAAGCAUAUAAAGCAGUUGUGAAUGAUGCCACCAUAUUUAAACUUGAACUGCCAUUGAAACAAAAAGGCGUUGGGUUGAAAACUCAGCCUGAAUCGAAGUGCCCAGAACUACUAGCAAAUUACUGUGAUAUGUUACUAAGAAAAACACCCCUUAGUAAGAAGCUUACUUCAGAAGAAAUUGAAGCAAAACUAAAAGAAGUGCUUCUUGUACUGAAAUAUGUGCAAAACAAGGAUGUCUUUAUGCGAUACCAUAAAGCUCACCUAACAAGACGUUUAAUCCUGGAUAUUUCAGCAGACAGUGAAAUAGAAGAAAAUAUGGUGGAAUGGCUUAGAGAAGUAGGUAUGCCUGCUGACUAUGUGAACAAAUUGGCCAGAAUGUUUCAGGAUAUUAAAGUAUCUGAAGACCUUAACCAAGUUUUCAAAGAAAUGCACAAAAACAAUAAGUUGGCCCUUCCAGCUGACUCUGUGAAUAUUAAGAUUUUAAAUGCUGGUGCCUGGUCAAGAAGCUCAGAGAAAGUAUUUGUUUCUCUUCCAACUGAACUUGAAGAUCUUAUCCCUGAAGUGGAGGAAUUUUACAAAAAAAAUCACAGUGGUAGAAAGCUGCAUUGGCAUCACCUCAUGUCCAAUGGAAUUAUAACUUUCAAAAAUGAGGUUGGCCAGUAUGAUUUAGAGGUAACCACAUUUCAAUUGGCAGUUCUGUUUGCCUGGAACCAAAGACCAAGAGAAAAGAUUAGUUUUGAAAAUCUAAAAUUAGCAACUGAACUACCAGAUGCAGAACUUAGGAGAACAUUAUGGUCUCUUGUAGCUUUUCCAAAAUUGAAACGUCAGGUUUUACUCCAUGAACCUCAAGUCAGCUCGCCCAAAGACUUUACUGAAGGCACACUUUUCUCAGUGAACCAGGACUUCUCUUUAAUCAAGAACAGCAAAGUUCAGAAGAGGGGAAAGAUUAAUUUAAUCGGAAGAUUACAACUAACAACAGAAAGAAUGAGAGAAGAAGAAAAUGAAGGAAUAGUUCAACUGAGAAUAUUACGAACACAGGAAGCAAUCAUACAAAUCAUGAAGAUGCGGAAAAAAAUCACAAAUGCUCAGCUGCAGACAGAACUUGUAGAAAUACUGAAAAAUAUGUUUUUGCCACAGAAAAAAAUGAUCAAGGAACAAAUUGAAUGGCUGAUAGAGCACAAAUAUAUUAGAAGGGAUGAGUCGGACAUAAACACUUUCAUUUAUAUGGCAUAAAUGACUGCAAAAGAGAACUAUGCCAGAAAUUGGAAUGAGUCCUUUGUCUUUGCAGACUUUGAAAGAGGUAGCUGAAGAGUGACUACAGCUCAAAAAUUUAUUCAGUUGAAUUAUUAAGUUCCUGCCUUACUGUACCACAGAUGAACAAUAUUUACCAGUUUCAUCCACUUAGCAUUUACCUGCCUUUGUGUAGUUCACUUUUGACAGCAUGCUGUUUUGUGGGAGUACUGAAUUCAUUGGAGCCUGCUAUGCUUUCUUGGUAACUUUGGCCCUAUUUUCACUUGUUCUGUAUAAGAGUUAAAUAUAGUUUUUUUCCAGAAACACUUAAACCAGUGAAUAUAGGACUUUAAAUUUACAUGCACUGGGAAAAUACUUGAGUCAUUUUGUAUUACAAAGAAAAAUUGUGUUAGGAGCAGCAGUUUCACUUUUCUGACAAUACUAGGUGGUGUCAUUUAAUACAGACUGACCUGAAAAUAUUUUUUUUUAAAUCCUGUUGCACACUUGAAAUGUUUAAUAUUACUCUGGCUAUAGUGGUUCACAAAUGAGCUUAGCUGAUAUGUUAAUAUUAGAAGGAUUUGUCCACCUUUGAAUAAUUAUUUAGCUGUUUGCAACCUAAAUUUUAAGGUUGCCUCUCACUCAAGCGGGUCAAAGUCUGCCACAGUUGGGAUGAAUUUUCCUUUCUCUACUGCUCCAAAGGUGUACCUUUUAGAAAAGAUUUGAUCAUGUUUGGUGCAGAGGAGUGGAAUGGAUGUAAAGCUGUAUUUGGAAAUAUCCCUAAAGGUCUAUUGGACAAAGAAACAAUCCAUUACAGCAGCAAGCCAUAUAGACCAUAAAAAAAACAGGUUUUAUUCGCAGUUCAUGCAAUUACAUUUUCUUAAUGAGUACCAGUUGCUGCACAUGGCCUGGGAUCACUCAUUGUUCUGAGACAACCUCAUUAACCGUUUGAAUUUUUUUUUCACCAGUGUAAGUGGUUAAAAAUGUAGUUUUAAAAUAUUGGUUUAUGGUUUUCUGGACUGGGGAGUGAGAAAAUGAGCCCGCAUUGCUGUUCCUGAGUGCUGUCAAUUGUACAAAGAUAAGAAAAGACCAUGGGUGGCCAGGAUUCAGCUCUGUCGCUUGCUCGCACAUGAAGAUAUGUAUUUAGGUGAAGAACUAUGCUGCCAGCUCCAGUGGAACUGUAUCUCACCAGGAGUCUAUGCGUUUGGGAGAGAGACGAGAUGCAAUUUGGAGUUGAACAAGCUGUAUUUCAUUUUAUGUUCUGUGUUCAAUUCUACUGAUUGGCAAUGUAUGUAGCCUACCUUUACCCCAUUUCUUUCCUGGAGAUCAAUUCAAGAUGAAAAGUUUGAAGGAAUCUGAGGAAAGUCAAUGGGGUGGGGGAGAGAGAGAGAGCAGAAAUCAGAACAGACUAAAUGUACAUCUUUUAUUACUGAUGGCUGUUUAUAUGUAAACAUGUAACUGUUGCUGAGAUUUGUUGGAUUCUGAGGUGGCUGAAAACUUUUGCUCAGUUUACUUGCAGUGAUGGUCCAGUACUUGAACCAGCUUCUAAAUUGUCAUGAUAUUCCAGGAAAAUUUGGUAUCCUCUAUUUCCUUUAAAAUUUUAGUAUUUUGGCCACCAUCCUAAGAUGUGUGCAUACAAUGCUCAACUUUUUCUUAAAUCUUCAGUGCCCCACAAAUAUUGCUGACAUUGCUUAUUAUAUAACUUUGUUUAGGGCUUCAGUUGUAUUGGUAGUUUAAACUUUUAUUCAGUUGGAUAGCAUUUUUAAUUAUUGGUGUAGAUUCCAUGUCCAGACCGCAUCUUAACCUGAUCUAUUUCUUCAGGAAUUGUUUUGCUCAACAUGGUGCAGUGGGAAGAGUCAAAGUGGACUGUUUUAUAAGGGCCUUUGCUGCUGAGUUGGCUGAUGAGCAAUAUUGUCUGGAAUGUUCUUGACUGAUAAACUGAGCCUAAAGUCAGAUAUUUCAUAUGGAUUGAGAGUGUGGGAGGAGAGGCAGAUUGUGCAGUUCUAUUGAAGGUUUUAUUGCAUUAAUACAGCAAUUAGGUACGUAGGGUUCAUGUUAGUACAUUUUGGAAGUGGGGGAAAAUUUUCAACUCUACUAACGUUGACUCAUAUCUUCAAAGAUUAUUUUUUUUUCCCCAUGUGCCAGAUUCUCCAUGGUCAGCUGUGACUUUUGACUCAGAACAUAUGCACUUUCAGCAUUUUUUUUUAAAUGCCAGUGAACCAGUGAGGAUGCAAAUCCAUGAUGUCACAUUUUGAAUAACAUAACCUGUGUCACUAGACAAUAAUGCAAAUUUAUAUUAAGUACUAAUUGACUGUCUUCCAGUGUUUUGGGUGAACUUGUCCAAUGAAUAAGUGCAACAGGCUAUUGUUGGAUUGUUUUAAGUUAGUUGAUAUGAGCCUCAAAUAUCCUAUACUGAAGGGAAAAUAAACCAGGAAUCCUGCUUAUUGAUCCUGGCCAUUUCUGUUGGGAAUGUGCAUUAUUUGUAUGAAUGGUGAUAAAGACAGAAGUGGACUCAGCACCAACUAGAUUUGAGUGGCCUGUCUCUUGUGAAAAUUCAAAAAUGAAUUAUGAAUACUUAGGUGAGGCAACUAAUAUCCAUGGAAUCAUAUUGCACUGAAAAUUCAAUGACUUUAAAGGGAGUGUAGAAAAUUGCAAGAAAGAUAAUUAUUAGUUGAGUCUAAAAUUACUGCAGUUUGUGAAGGGCACUGAUGAUUAUACACAUGGCAUGUAUGCAUAAGGGAGUUUGGGGGAGUAAUUUCUGUUCCCCUCCUGCAAAUCUUAAAUCCCAAAUUUCUAUAGAGUGGUAGAAUUUGAUUGUCUUAUUUUCAGGUUGGGUUUUUUUUAAGAAACACCUAAGCAUGCUCCCCUUUCAAAGGGUGCAUUAUUACAUGAAAAAUGAAUUCUAUGUAGAUGCAAUAAAUGUGUAUAGGGAUCAUGGAUUCUCAUUUUGAGAUGUAUCCAAUCCUUUGCACUGAGGUAAGCAAACUACACACCUGGAAAAAUAAGCAUAGUUGGAGUGAGGGAGAUCAAAGUAUGAGGACAAUACUUGACAAUUUUGUUGGUCCCAGUAUUUGCAUGGUAAUGUUGCUGGAUGGAUACUGGAAAAUUUUACAUGUAAAGACUUGGUUCUUCAAUGCUGCCCCAGUACCAAAUGUGGCUAAAUCAGGGUCUAAUUCUGGAUUUAAUCACAAUGAUCUGGGAGGAGGAGCUGAAUAAAUAUUUUAAUAAAAAGGAAAAUUAAUCUGAUUAUGUGGCCAGAUUAUUGUGAUUUUAAUACAGAGUAAAUUGGCAUACACAAACAAAUUGCCUGCCCUGAAAACCCCUGAAAUGGCAUGUGGAUGUGGUUUCACUUCAUUAAACAAAGAUGUGUUAUGGAUCUUGUUGCAACACUGCCUGGUAGAAAAAAAACAUUGGAAUAUUAGAAUUUUAUUCAAAUGGAAUAAGAAUUUUUUUAUAUGGAAUUAGUCAACAAUUUAGAAUUGUGUGACUUAAUAGAAAUUGUUUUAUUGAAAUCUGCAAUUUAAUGGUAAUAGAUAUUAAAGUUACAUUUUUAAGUCUUCCAUUUUUGUCCACAGAAUCUUUAAUUUUAGUAUUUUUAAACGCCCCAUAUCUGCUCAGACCUGUUAUUUUUAUUCCCAGAAGUGAUGAUGUGGUGUAAUUUGACAUUUUCCCCAUAAAAAUAAAAUUCAAGACAUGAUGAUUGUAACUUGUAUAACUUUAAAAAUUAGUAAUAGUAUACAUUAUUGAAUAACUAGUUAAAAUGUCAAGUCCUUUAUAGCACCCUCAAAGCCAUCUUUUUAAAAAGUACAAAAACUGCAGUGAAAACUUAGAACUGAGUUUUAUCAUUAUGUUGAGAAUUAGAUUUCUUUAUUCAUUUGAGCAAGUUUAUCAUACAUAAAAUACUCAAACUUGGAUUUGCAUGGAUGAUUUUUCAUGUAGGAUUGUGUUGAGGUCACCAAUAAAUUGUACACAUUUGUACCCUAGUUAUACAUAAGCUGUUUCAUAUUUUACAUAUCAUUGCAAGAUGCUGAAGAUUUGGAAGCCUUCCUGUAAUAUACACUAAAGCCUGGAGUGUUGUGCAAAGUUACAUUGAUAGGUUUGAUUAUCUACAAUUAAUAUUUGCAAGUUAAAUGUGUGCCACUACAUACCAAGGUUAUGAUGCUGUACAAUUCUGAAUGGUAGCAGUUUCUACAUAGCAGCCUGAUCAAACUAUUUUGAUGUACUACAUUAUUUUUUGAAUUUUUAUUUUUUAAGUUGCAUAAUUUAUUUUCCAGCAAAAUAAAAGUGCAAUAU